AUGGCGAACAAGCUUCACAGCGCUCCACCCUUCCGCGCUGAGCAAAUGGGCUCGCUGCUGCGUCCGGAUAAUCUCCUCGAGAUUCGCGAGAAGAUCGCCAACACCGGCAUCUCCGAAAAGGAAGCCGGCCUGCCAGCCGUUGAGCAGGAAGCUGUCCGCGAUGUAGUCAAGAUGCAACAAGAGCUCGGUUUCAAGGCUGUGACCUCGGGCGAAUACAACCGCACCCGGUUCUGGGGCCUGAUGUGGGAUGAGUUCGAAGGAACAAUCCGUCUCCAAGACGCCGAGUCCUCAAUGUUCAGACUCUACCACCCAGACGUAGUCAGCCUGAUCGAGAAAGACCGCAAAGUAAUGCCCGGCGACUCCGUGAUCGCCGGCAAAAAGCUCUCGCACAGCACAGCCUCCUCGCGGUCGAACCUGCACGAGCUCAAGCUCGUACAGGCCUCGCUGCCCCAGAGCGAAUGGCACAACAUCAAGUUGACGAUGAUCACGCCGGCCUGGUUCCACAUGCGCUACAAGCAGGGGUGCGCAUAUGCCGCUGACGCCUACGCCAACGACGAGGAAUACUUCGCCGACGUCGCGAAAGUGUACCGCGCGGAGCUGGCGUCGCUGUAUGCGGCCGGUCUGCGGAACGUGCAGUUCGAUGAUCCCGGCAUGGCGUAUUUCUGCUCCAAGGCUUUCCGCCAGGGGUGGGAGGAAGACAAGGAUAAUAUUGGGUCUGUGGAUGAUCUGCUUGAUGCUUAUAUCAAGCUGUACAACGACUCGCUUGCUGGACUCCCCGCUGAUAUGCACACGGGUAUUCAUCUGUGUCGGGGCAACUUUAUCGGUGGACGGCACUUCGCUGAGGGGUCGUAUGAUAUCAUUGCGAAGAAGCUGUUUGAGGAUUUGAAUGUGAACACGUUCUAUCUUGAGUAUGAUACUGAGCGGGCCGGAGGGUUCGAGCCGCUGAAGUUCUUGCCCAAGGAUAAGAAUGUUGUUGUGGGUGUUAUUAGUACUAAGUUGCGAGAGAUGGAGGACAAGGAGGCUGUUAAGGACAGGAUCUUCAGGGCUGCGGACUUUGUGGCUGAGGGGUCGGGAGAGAGUCGUGAGGAGGCUCUGAAGAGAGUGUGUGUUAGUCCCCAGUGUGGAUUUAGUACUCACGAGAGUGGGUAUCCUCUUCUUGUUGAGCACCAAAAGAAGAAGUUGAGUCUUGUGAGGGAGAUUGCAGAUGAAAUCUGGGGUCAGGCUUAG